CCGUUGAAAUUCGAAGACCCCCAAAUCGCAUCCUUUUCCCAAACUCUAGCCCUCACGAUUCCACCCUCUCCCUCUAUAUAUUCGAUUCGAUUCUUGAGGAAAAAAUCUAGGGUUUCACUGACUAUUAAUCCACUACCUAUCCACACCAAAAUUCGAUUCUUUCUUCGGGUUAGGGCUUGGAAUUCUGUCAAUUGGUGCGGUCAAGUUGUGCCUUUUGAUUGUUUUUUUGGGAAUUUCGGAUUUGAUUGAAGAUAUGGCGGCUCCAGGGGAGAACGAUGUGGAGUACGAGAGUGAUCCCGAGGAGGCGAAGCGGUCACUGACGAUGCGGAGGAGGGAGGCGAGCGAUGAUGAGGAAGGGGAGGAGGAUGGAGAUGGGACUAAGAGAGAGGGGGCGCCGAGGACUUCUGAUUCGAGGGAUGGGGUUGGUUCCGAUGUGGAAUCGGACGGGGAGGGAGCGCCGGCGGAGUAUGACGACGAAGAGUCGGAGAUAGAGGAAGAGGAAUUGGGGCGGGAGGAUGAGGAGGAGGAGGAGGGUGAAGCGGUAGUGGAAGAGGAAGAGUACGAUGGGGGAGGGGGGGAGGUCGAGGCGGCGGCUGCCGGGGCGGGACUGGCGGCGAAGGAAUUGGAUGGGAACGGAGGGCGAUCUCUUGGCGAGUCUGUGGAGAUUCGGGAAUUGAAUCAGAGUGAAGAGGGGAAGAAAGAGAAUGAUCCGUUUUCAGUGCCAACAGCUGGUGCUUUCUACAUGCAUGAUGACAGGUUUCGAGACAAUGCCGGUGGUAGACACAGGCGGACAUUUGGAGGAAGGAAGUUGUGGGAGUCAAAAGAUGAGAAGAAAUGGGGGCAUGACAAAUUUGAGGAAAUGACACUCCAAGAUAGGCACUAUCGAGGGGGUAUGAGGAACUCUAGAGGUCGUUAUCGUGGUCGUGGAAGAAGUAGAGGUGCAGAUCGCGGAUAUCCUAGAGGAAACAAGUCUAAAGCAUACAACAAUGACAAUCAAAACCAUGAACCUAUGGUUGUGAAAGGCAGAGGCUCUAGAAGGUACGAGUCUUCCAAGAGGAACAACUUUGAGACACCUUCAAUGAAGCACAAACAGUCUGGGAAGUUAAUUGAGAGAACUUCACAUACUACUUCUGCCAGAGCACCCACCACCAUGCCAAAUGCAGAAUCUGAUCCGCUUCUUGCCAAGAAGCAGUUGUUUGCAUCAAGCUUGAGUUCUGCUUCCCCUCCAUUUUAUCCUUCUGGCUCUUCCAAUAAAGAAACGAUUUCAACAGAGAAAAGAGAUACGCAAGGUGGAACUUUAUACCGGAACCUCCGGUCUCCUGUUGUUGAUGAGAAUAUUUCUAUACCACAGUCCAGUACAAUGAUGAGAGGAAAAAAUGUAGUUGGUUCCAUUGGCAUGGAAAAGCUUUACAUCAGUGAUUCCAAUUCUUUAGUUUCUGUGAAACCCUCAACCAGCUUGCAGUUGCCAUCUAGAUCUUCUUCAUUUAGUACCACUGAACCUCUUCAACCAAGGGCUCAGGGUAGGGGUGUAGCCGCCUCUGGGCAGAUGCCUUUUCAAGCAGGAGUGCCUCAGAACCAAGCCACCAGAGCUUCUCCACCAACUCAACUCCAUACUUUCCAGCGGCUUCCUGCUCAAAGCAGUUUUCAACCUUUGCUGCAAGCUUCUGUUCAGCAAACAGGGCAGCAUAUUGGUAGUGGAUCUCAAACUCCAUCUCCACCAAAACCUGCUUCUCCUGUAGCUUCUUUCGAACAUGGAGAAUCUGAAUCUCCUCCAGAAUCAAGUAAACCUAAGACUGCAUUGGUUGGUAAAGGAAAAGGUGGAACUGGUGGAACUCAAGGUAGUGGAAGGAACCCUUUUCUGUAUGGCGGGGCCCAACUUAUGGGAGCCUCUGGGAAUAUGGGUGCCGGUCAUGGUGAUCAGAACUUUGCUACAGCUCCAGCCUUCUUGCCAGUUAUGCCAUUUGGAGGCCAGCAUCCCGGUGGUAUUGGAGUCCCUGCUGUUGGCAUGGCAUUCCCUGGUUAUGUUGCUCAACCACAACUUGGUUUGGGAAAUUCUGAGAUGACAUGGCUACCAGUUUUGGCUGGUGCUGCGGGAGCUUUGGGGGCAACAUAUUGUUCACCCUAUAUUCCUGUUGAUGGUUCUCACAACUCUCGCUCAUCAGGGCAGACAUCUUUCUCAGGACCUUUGAGCAAGGAAAAUAAUACAAGUAAACCAAAUAAUGAACGACAAACUUCACAGAGACCUGAGGUUGCUAGUGAUGAGUUCAGUCAACGGCACAAGAAUACUCGCAGAUAUACUGAGAUGAAUUUUGGCCAGUGAAGGAGUACUUUUAUGGAUCAUUUGAAUAAGCUGAUUAAACUUUCCAUAUUAAAGUCCUGCACGUCUGGGUGGUGCAAAAUUCUGGGUUAUGCUUUCUUUGUGCUGCAGGCCUACUUCCAGGCCCUUUGUGAUCUCCAGUCUUUGUUCUGGAGCACUUUGGGCUGCAGUCCCCUGAAUGAUAUGUUAGGUAUAUGACAAACACCUGCUCAUGCUGUGUUCACUUAUUGGAAAACAUUGCAGCUUGACGGGUGGCAGUUGUUUGUGCAAAUUUACGGUUUUCCUGUGCCUUUUCGAGUUUGGUUGGUUCUGAAGCUUGUGAUAAUUGUUAGCGGGCUUCUUACUCCGAAUUUAGAUAAGAAGUUGGGAAAAAGGAUAGGUAUUGUGCUUGUGCAGAAGCUGUUUUUGCUAAUCCAAAGUCUGAUCUUCUUUGCAGUUAAUGAUUGUCUUAUCUAUAUGUGCUGAGACUAAAGCUUUUAUUUGUUAAGGACUGAGAAUUUCAGUAUAUGAUAGCUGUGGGUGUAUUGGAUGCGUUUAAUGAAUGCUUGGGGUAAUGUGGUUAACUAAUGUUUUCUUUAA